CUGGAUCAUUAUUGCUUAUUGACAACCGUAGCCAAGUCAGCCGGCCGUCGGGUGGCCGUGCUGCGCUCACACAGUAGCCAAGUCAGCCAGCCUGCCGCGGCCUCAGCGUGACCACAGCAGGAGGGGAGGGGGGUUGGGUACCACAGAAAGAGCGGCUUGACCCCGCGCCCUUCCUGCUAAGAAUAUGGAAAUUGCUGAUACUCGUAUUUUAGCAAAACACGAAUCUGGCCAUCAGGGCACAAAGGCACGAACAGGCUACAACCACCCACAUCUGGUUAAAUUGAUGAUCAGAAGGAAACCUCGUGCUUGACCUUUAAAAAUCGCUUGCUUAGCAAGUUUUCUUUAAGUGACAUGUCGUCCUAUUACUAACGUAUAAACGACGGGGAAGUUUGAGUUAGUUGGACUCUUCGGGAGGGUUUCUUCAGGGACGCUCCCUCCGGAUGCUUCUCGGGGUCCCCACCGGCAGACGGUUGGCCGCCGGCAGCCUGCCGCGGUGCCACUCGAGAUCCACGCUCGGCUUCGCCCCAGGAUGUUCAAGGAAUAUUUCCAGUACAAGGGGAUCAGCUUCCCCCGGCUGAUCUACUCGGAGCGGGGGCUGCAGGAGGUGGAGAACGAAUUCCAAGUCCGGGACGACGACGUCUUUAACGUCACCUACCAGAAAUCAGGGACCGUCUGGAUGCUGGAGAUCCUGAGCCUCAUCCACAGCAACGGGGACCCCAGCCGGUGCCGCACGGUCCCUAACUGGGACCGGGGGCCCUGGUUUGAGACCGUCCUGGGCCUGCAGACCGCACGGAGCAACCAGUCGCCCCGGCUCAUCAGCUCCCACCUGCCCAUCCAGCUCUUCGCCAAGUCCUUCUUCCAGUCCAAGGCCAAGGUGCUGUACACGGUGCGGAACCCCAAGGACGUCUUCGUCUCCCUCUACCACUUCGCCCAGAUCUUCCGCCCCUACAAGGAGCCGGGGCGGCUGGACCAGUUCCUGGAGCAGUUCCUGGAGGGGGACGUGCCCUUCGGCUCCUGGUUCGACCACGUUAAGGGCUGGAUGGGCCUGCAGGGCCAGGAGAACUUCUUCUGGAUCAGCUACGAGGAACUGCAGCAGGACCUGCGGGGCAGUGUGGAGCGGAUCUGCCAGUUCCUGGGCAAGCAGCUGGACGCGCGGGCGCUGGACGGGGUGGUGGCGAACGCCUCCUUCCAGGCCAUGAAGCAGAACAAGAUGAGCAACUUCAACCUGGCCCCCAGGUUCCUCCUGGACCAGACCCGGAGCUCGUUCCUGCGGAAAGGGAUUGCCGGGGACUGGAAGAACCAGCUCACCACGGCCCAGAGUGAGAAUUUCGACCGGGUUUACCGGGAGCAGAUGCAGGGGCUGGAUCUGAGCUUCCCCUGGGACGAGCCGAGCUCCCAGCCCUCCCCGCCCCCCACACCGGGCGGCAGCUGAGACAGAAGGGAGUGCAGUGCACUGGUUAGAGCAGGGGGGCUGGGA